UAGAGAGGGGGGUGGGGGGGUGGGGACAAAGGUCGUUCUCCUGCAGCCAGUCUGCCACAACUCCCUGAGAUCUCCCAGGUGGCAGCUGUCUCCUCCAGCCAGGCUCCUCGCCAUGACCAAACUGAGCACCCAAGUCAAAAGUUCCCUCGACACCACCACGCCUGGGGUGCAAAUAUGGAGGAUCGAGGCCAUGCAGAUGGUGCCAGUUCCUCCCAGCACCUUUGGCUGCUUCUUUGACGGUGACUGCUACGUACUCCUGGCUAUCCACAAGACGGGCAGCAACCUGUCCUAUGACAUCCACUUCUGGAUCGGCCAGGCCUCAUCCCAGGAUGAGCAAGGGGCAGCUGCCAUCUACACCACGCAGAUUGACGACUAUCUAAAGGGCCGGGCUGUCCAGCACCGGGAGGUCCAAGGCAACGAGAGCGAGGCUUUCCGAGGCUACUUCAAGAAGGGCAUUGUGAUCCGGAAAGGGGGCGUGGCUUCCGGCAUGAAGCACGUGGAGACCAACUCCAGCGAUGUCCGGAGGCUGCUGCACGUGAAGGGCAAGAGGAACGUGGUAGCCGGAGAGGUGGAGAUGUCCUGGAAGAGUUUCAACCGCGGGGACGUUUUCCUCCUGGACCUUGGGAAUUUCAUCAUCCAGUGGAACGGGCCGGAGAGCAACCGCAUGGAGAGACUCAGGGGCAUGACCCUGGCCAAGGAGAUCCGAGACCAGGAGCGGGGUGGACGGACCUACAUAGCCGUGGUGGAAGGGGAGAACGAGAAGGAGUCUCCACAGCUGAUGGAGGUCAUGAACCAAGUGCUGGGCAAGCGGACGGAGUUGAAGGCAGCCGUGCCCGACUCCGUGGUGGAGCCCACACUCAAGGCCGCCCUCAAGUUGUACCACGUGUCGGACGCAGAGGGAAAGAUGGUGGUCAGAGAGGUUGCCACGCGGCCACUCACACAAGACCUGCUCAGUCACGAGGACUGUUACAUCCUGGACCAGGGCGGCCUGAAGAUCUACGUGUGGAAGGGGAAGACGGCCAAUGCCCAGGAGAGGAAGGAAGCCAUGAGCCAGGCCCUGAACUUCAUAAAAGCCAAGCAGUACCCUGCGAACACGCAAGUGGAGGUGCAGAACGACGGGGCGGAGUCCCCCGUCUUCCAGCAGCUCUUCCAGAAGUGGACAGUGCCCAGCCGGACCUCAGGCCUGGGCAAAACCCACACUGUGGGCUCCGUGGCCAAGGUGGAGCAGGUAAAGUUCGAUGCCAUGUCCAUGCAUGUCCAGCCUCAGAUGGCGGCCCAGCAGAAGAUGGUGGACGACGGGAGCGGGCAGGUGGAGGUGUGGCGCAUCGAGAACCUAGAGCUGGUGCCUGUGGAGCCCAAGUGGCUUGGCCACUUCUAUGGGGGUGACUGCUACCUGCUGCUCUACACCUACCUCAUCGGGGAGAAGCCGCACUACCUGCUCUACAUCUGGCAGGGCAGGCAGGCCAGCCAGGAUGAAAUCACGGCCUCGGCCUACCAGGCCGUCAUCCUGGACCAGAAGUACAACAAUGAACCGGUGCAGAUCCGAGUCCCGAUGGGCAAGGAGCCCCCUCACCUCAUGUCCAUCUUCAAGGGGCGCAUGGUGGUCUACCAGGGAGGAACCUCCCGGGCCAACAGCCAGGAGCCUGUGCCCUCCACACGGCUGUUCCAGGUGCGGGGAACGAGCGACAAUAACACCAAGGCUUUCGAGGUCCCGGCCAAGGCCUCCUCCCUCAACUCCAAUGAUGUCUUCGUCCUCAAGACCCCGUCCUGCUGUUACCUGUGGUGUGGGAAGGGCUGCAGCGGAGAUGAGCGGGAGAUGGCCAAGAUGGUCUCUGACGUCAUCUCCCGGACGGAGAGGCAAGUGGUGGUGGAAGGGCAGGAGCCGGCCAACUUCUGGAUGGCGCUGGGCGGGAAGGCCCCCUAUGCCAACACCAAGAGGCUGCAGCAGGAAAACAUGGCCAUCACCCCCAGGCUCUUCGAGUGUUCCAACCAGACCGGGCGGUUCCUGGCCACAGAGAUCCCCGACUUCAACCAGGACGACCUGGAAGAAGACGACGUGUUCCUGCUCGAUGUCUGGGACCAGGUCUUCUUCUGGAUCGGGAAGCAUGCCAAUGAGGAGGAGAAGAAAGCCGCCGCCACCACAGUGCAGGAGUACAUCAAGACCCACCCCAGUGGCCGGGACCCCGAGACCCCCAUCAUCGUGGUGAAGCAGGGACAUGAGCCCCCCACCUUCACGGGCUGGUUCCUGGCAUGGGACCCCUUCAAGUGGAGUAACACCAAGUCCUACGAGGAACUGAAGGGGGAGCUUGGCAACUCGGGGGACUGGAGCCAGAUCACUGCUGAGAUCACAAACCCUAAACAGCAAGUGUUCAAUGCUAACAGCAACUUCAAUUCUGGGCCUCUGCCCACCUACCCCCUGGAACAGCUGGCGAACAAGCCUGUGGAGGAGCUCCCAGAGGGUGUGGACCCCAGAAGGAAGGAGGAGCACCUGUCCCUUGAGGAUUUCUCCAAGACCUUUGAGAUGACUCCAGCGGCUUUCUCUGCCUUGCCUCUUUGGAAGCAACAGAACCUCAAGAAAGCAAAGGGACUAUUUUGAGAAGAGUGGCUGUGGUUGUGAAGCAGUUUUGUUAUUAACCCUUUGCUAAUUGAAAUUUUACAGCUGUACCUGUGAGCAGCAGUCUGCGGCAACGCUUUUGUUUACUAAUCCACUCCUCCACAAAGAUGGUGCCUCCAUAAA